AUGAUUAACAAAAUAUUCGCUUGUCUCGUGAGAUCGGCUAUUACCAACAUUAUCUACCUAUCUAUUCUCAUUCUGUUCAUCUAUCUAUCUAUCUAUCUAUCUAUCUAUCUAUCUAUCCUCAUUCUGUUCAUCUAUCUAUUCUCAUUCUGUUCAUCUAUCUAUCUAUCUAUCUAUCUAUCUAUCUAUCUAUCUAUCUAUCUAUCUAUCUAUCUAUCUGUUCAUCUAUUCUCAUUCUGUUCAUCUAUCUAUCAUCAUCUAUCUCAAAUCUAUCUGUUCAUCUAUCUUUUCUAUUCUAUCUAUCUCUUCAUUCUAUCUAUCUAUCUAUCUAUCUAUCCUCAUUCUGAUCAUCUCUCUAUUCUCAUUCUAUUCAUCUAUCUGUCCUCAUUCUGUUCACCUAUCUAUCAAAUCUCAUUCUGUUCAUCUAUUUAUCUUUUCUCAUUCUGUUCAUCUAUUUAUCUAUUCUCAUUCUGUUCAUCUAUCUAUUCUCAUUCUGUUCAUCUAUCUAUCCUCAUUCUGUUCACCUAUCUAUCUUAUCUCAUUCUGUUCAUCUAUUUAUCUCUUCUCAUUCUGUUCAUCUAUCUAUCUAUCUCAUCUGUUAUCUAUCUAUUCUAUUCUGUUCAUCUAUCUAUCCUCAUUCUGAUCAUCUCUCUAUUCUCAUUCUAUUCAUCUAUCUGUCCUCAUUCUGUUCACCUAUCUAUCAAAUCUCAUUCUGUUCACCUAUCUAUCUUAUCUCAUUCUGUUCAUCUAUUUAUCUAUUCUCAUUCUGUUCAUCUAUCUAUCCUCAUUCUGUUCACCUAUCUAUCUAUCCUCAUUCUGUUCACCUAUCUAUCUUAUCUCAUUCUGUUCAUCUAUUUAUCUAUCAUUUCUCAUUCUCUCCAUCUAUCUAUAGAAAAUCUAUCUAUCUAUCUAUCUAUCUAUCUAUCUAUCUAUCUGACGUCUUUUUGUCUCUCUUGUAUAUUUAUGAACAUAUUAAGACAUAACCUUUUUUGUUUUGGUUUUCAAUUAUUUCUCUUCGAUCUUACCGUCUUUUCUUCUUUUUUUUUUUGCGGGGGGCUCUUUGUUUUCUAUAACAUUUUUCCACCUUUCUAUUUAUUUUCAUUUUUUUUAUUUGUUCCUUUCUUAUUCAAGCUCAUUUUAUUAGUUUCCUAUUCUUAUUCAUCUUAUUCAUUUUAUUUCCUUUUUACUUUCUUUCUUUCAUUCUUUCUUUCUUUCUUUUUCAAUUUACUCCAUUUUUAUUAUUCGUUUCCGUCUUUCUUCCUCACUCAUUUUCACUUUACGUUUUUAAUAUUCAGCUUCUUUCUUUCUUAUCCACUUGCAUCUUUUUUUAAAUCGUCUUCAUUUUUCUUUCUUUCGCAUUCAUUCUCAUCUUUCUUUCUUUCUUUCUUAUUCAUUAAAUCUUUCUUAAAUAUUUACAUCUUUUGUCUUUCAAAGUUUUACAAAUCCUUCUUUAUUUCUUAUUCACUUACUUUCUUAUUUUUGUUUUAUUAA